UUGCUCGCGGGGGCCUCAGCCACCUGCUCUUCAACAACAAUUCAAAAUCAUUUCGGCUCCUGAAAACCCCCAAAACUUCCAAAAAAAAAGUCAAAAUGCUCCUCCUCCCCAUCUCUCUCCUCUUCUUCGUCCCCGUCACCUCCUCGCCCAACAAGCUCAUCUUCAUCCUCGCCGGCCAAAGCAACAUGUCAGGCCGCGGCGGCGUCUCCAACGGUCCGGUGGGCCACAAAAUCCCCCAGAAUCCCUCCCUCCCCCUCCAUCCUCCGCCUUAACCCCGCCUCCGCUGGGUUGUCGCCGCUGAGCCCCUCACGCCGACAUCGACGUCGGCAAGCCGCGGCGUGGGCCCGGGCCUCCCUAUCGCGCCACGCCAUCGCGGCAGAUAUGCCGCGGGCGCGGGUGAUCCGCCUGGUGCCGUGCGCUGUUGGUGGGACCAGGAUCGAGGAGUGGGCCCGGGGGAGGCUUUACGGGGAGAUGGUGGCCAGGCGCGAGGCGGCGGCGGACGGGGGAGGAGAGGAAUCGGGGGCCGUGUUGUGGUAUCAGGGGGAGAGCGACACGGCGGAGAGGGAGGAGGCGGAGGAGUAUCAGGGGAGGAUGGAGAGGUUGAUUAGGGAUUUGAGGGUGGAUCUCGGAGAGCCUCAGCUGCUGGUGAUUCAGGUGGCUCUUGCAUCUGGAGAGGGACCUUUUGUAGAUAUAGUGAGAAAAGCACAGAUUGGAAUCAAUCUACCCAAUGUUUUAUGUGUUGAUGCGAAGGGAUUGCAGUUGGAAACCCAUCAACACUUGCAUCUCACAACCCAAGCACAAGUCCAGCUUGGCACAAUGUUGGCUGCAUCCUAUUUAAAACAUGUUGCAUAUAAACAUAACUCAAGCGUGUUCUCAAAGUGUGAUAUUACACACAAUCAUGUUAGAGAUCUUGGAGAAUCCAUUGAUAUAGUAUAAACCUUGGACUCGUUAUCUUU